AUGGGUGUCGACGGUAUCUUUCCCGAGAAUGGCACUGCACCUUCGUUAGGAGUGCAGCUUGGCGGGGUACCACUGGCGGAUGUCCUUGCUGAUAUGAUGCGACUCAUCCGUUGCCAGCAGCAGGAGUUGGAUGCAUUGCGCCGCGACUCGGAGGAGAAGAUGUACCGCUGCGAAUACGCUCUUCAGAAGCACGAAGAAGCCAUAAAGAACCUCUCUGGGGACGUGAAGCUAGACCUUCGGCCCAUCAGUUGCUAUGGUCAGCCGCCUAUGUCAACCAUGGCGGAUGUCGUUACCAACAUAGAGUAUCGCCUUGCUCGCGCUGAAAACCGGGAGAAGCGCGAAACUGCUGCACGGUUAAGAGAGUCCAGCGGCAGGAAACUAGCGAAUGUGUUUUACACCCGUUGGGUGCGGUACCGAAAUAUGCAAGGUAGCAGACGGCUGAUACAGGACGACACAAGGAAGAGUAUAUGGCAGAGAUACAUGUAUAAGUGGAACGGGUAUCUUGCUAUCCGCUCGAAGCAACAAGCACAGCGGCGUCACAUCAAGGCAUUACUCGUGUCCCAGGAGCGUCGCGUGGCACUGGCAUACUGGCGUAAAUGGCGUUUACUUGUGGAUACAAGGGAACGAAUUCGACUGUCUCGACAACUGUCUGCGCAUGACACUGCCGAGGUCCUGGUUCACAUUACUGCUCGUAGUCUCGCACUACGCACAUUCAACUAUUGGGUGAUGUUUGUGGAAUCCACCAGGAACGCCAGGAACCGCGCGAGAGGUGCACUUCUGCUUGAACAGGAAACAGCUAGGCUGUUGGCGGAGCGUUACCUACGGAAAUGGAUGGACGCGCAUCAAUGGCGUCGACUAUUACUCAUGCGUCUGCGAGCUUUAGAAAUCAUGCGAAGCAGAAUUUGCCGCGAACUGGCACGUUCCUCACUUGAUAAUUGGAUUUCUUUUGUGGCGCAGCGGAAAAAUCGCCGUCGUGUUCGCUCCCUCGUUCCACACCUCCAUCAUAUAAAUCUUGCAGCAUUGGCGCGACGGUAUUUUUCUCGUCUCUUCGCCUUCCGCUUGUUAUGUCGUGAAUUACGUGCAAAGGAGGCAAUGGAGCAGCGGAUGAAGUUGCUGAGUGAGCGGGCGGAUGGACUUCAGCGACAACUGGACAUGGGCUUGCAUACGUUGGCACACACUAAUAGUGUUCUGGCGCGUAUUGUUGAUACAGUGGUGAUCGCUGAGGAGCCACGCUCUGCUAUUCAGAACCUUCUGCAACAAGAGAUGAUGAUAUCUAUCCCUACUGUGCCUUCGGUGACUGAGGCAUCGUCGACAAGAGAGCCGUCUGUUGCCUCUUUUGACGGGCCAAUGCGUUUUGGAGACGCUGGGCCCUCAAUGGAGCAGGAAUGGCAAUCAAAUGUGGAUCAUGAUCACGUCAGUGCGAGUGAGAUGCUUCAGAAGUUGCGUGAGCGCCUAGACAAAUCGUACAAGGCGGCAUCGGGUGUUCCACAGAAGAGCGUAUGA